AUGGUGUCAUUUGUAAACGGUGAAUGUGGCUCCGGGACUGUUCAGAAACGGAGACGGACAACCGGUGCAUCUCCUCCGAAAGAAGCGCUUACACCGGUCCAGCAGCGGCAGACUAUCCGGUACAGAAAGCAGACACUCAUGUCCAAGUUGAGUGACUCCGGUUUCGAUGAAGACCUGGGCUCUUCCCCGAUAUCAUCCCCUGCUCCGAUCGAAGUGUCCCCGCACCGGUCGGACGAGCCUCCUGCCGGGCAGCUGUCCACCUGGUACCUCCAGUACGGUGACAUCGGUUACACGAUCCAGAGGGAGAAAGAGGCGCAGUUUCAUCCCUGCAAAAGCUUGGCACGCCAGCCACAACUGACUGCAGAGGCACGUUGUACACUUGUCAGCUGGCUCAUCCCUGUACACAAACAUUUCCGUCUGUCCUUCGAGUGCUGCUGCCUGGCAGUGAACAUCGUGGACAGGUUCCUGGCGUCCACCCCGGUGGCUGCCGACUGCUUCCAGCUGCUUGGAGUCACUGCACUCCUGCUAGCCAGUAAACAGGUGGAGGUGUGCUCACCGCGGAUCAGCCAUCUCCUGUCGUUCUGCUGCGACGCCUUCACAAAGGAGCAGCUCUGCAACAUGGAGUGUCUCAUCCUUCUCCGUCUCAACUUCUGCCUUGCUGCGCCCACCCUGGCCUUCUUCCUGGACUAUUACACCAACUGCAUCGAGGCAGCCCAGCUUGUGUCUGAGAACACAGGUGGCGACCGGUUUGCAAGAAUGAAUCCAAACACAAAGACGCCCAGGCAGUGCAGCAACCUGGCACGAAAGGUAUGCGAGCUGAGUCUAGCAGACUAUGCUUUCAACAAAUACCCACCAUCUCUGACUGCAAGCUGUGCACUGAGGCUGGCCAGUGACUUACUGAAAAAUGACGAAGGGCUUGUUGAGCACGCAACCAUCCAGUCACAUGAAGACCAAUGCAGCAGCUUUGUUCAUGAACUAUGUACCCAAACGGCUUCUACCCAACCAUCUGAGGGUGACUCUCUGGUCUCUCUCGGGGGCCACUUCCUGUCUGUGAGCCAGGGGAGCUACAACCACAAUCUGGCCCAGGAAUGCAAAGACAACCUGAAGCUGUUGGUGUCAUUAAACCAGGAGACAUUGAAAGUGAUGUCUACUAUGUGA